GGGAAGGGGAAGGAUCAAAGAUGGCGGCGGUCAUGGCGGGCGGGUGCUGGGGCUGCGGCGCGCGGGCGCUGCCCGGUAACGGACGGCUCGCGCUGCUUCUGCUCGCGGCCCGGGCGCGCGGGGCCUUGUCUGGCGGAAGGCUACUUUGUACAGCUACACAGCAAAAAAAUACUGGACAAAACUAUGAAGAUGACCAGAGCCAUUCACAGAAUGGAGACAAAGGACAACCAAACUCCACAGAGAAAACUCUAAUAGAAGAUAAGACAAAGCUAGAGAAACAACUGAAGGAUCUAACGGACAAAUAUAAAAGAGCACUAGCAGAUACUGAAAACUUGCGUCAGAGAAGUCAAAAACUUGUAGAAGAAGCUAAGUUGUAUGGUAUUCAAGGGUUCUGCAAGGACCUUUUGGAGGUGGCAGAUGUUCUUGCGAAAGCAACAGAGAGUGUACCCAAGGAGGAGAUAACUGAUGCAAACCAGCACCUUAAGAGCCUCUACGAAGGUCUCAUCAUGACAGACGGGCAACUACAGAAAGUGUUUUCCAAGCAUGGCCUUGUCAAACUGAAUCCUAUUGGAGCCAAGUUUGAUCCCUAUGAGCAUGAAGCUCUUUUCCACAGUCCCGUGGAAGGGAAGGAGCCAGGCUCUGUGGCACUAGUGUCCAAGAUUGGGUACAAGCUCCAUGGACGCACGCUUCGACCAGCAUUAGUUGGAGUUGUCAAAGGAGUAGAAUGAUGGUUUUAGGACUGGCUGAUGUAGUAUAGUUCAAGAAGGACCAUUAUACUUCAUAUUCUUUGACUAAUGAAUUUUUAUGAUUUCCUGUUUAUGAAGAUAUUACUGAAUUCUAUAUCAAAUAAGGAUCUGCAUAUUUGAAGGAUUUCUAUUAAAAGUGGGUGUGUUGUUAAAAUGUGUUUUUUUUUUUCUGAUUCUGGUAGCAGUCACCAAUAAAUAUCCAGAUCUUUAUUAGCCCCUGAGUUUCUUAUAGACUAUUCUGCUGAAUUCAAAAUGUUGCAUACCUGCUCAUAUUUGGUAUCGAUGCUGGGCUGCUUCCGAGAAUUCAGUUAAUCUGAUGAUCACACAUUUCUCUCCUGCUUCAAGCUCAUUGUUCUAACUAUUGAUCUUCAUUCUAGAAUGGGGGGAGAAUAGUCCUUUCUUCAGUGUCCACGUAUCUUUUUAACAUUAUUGUCCAUUGUACUCUGUGCAAAAUUGAAUGUAUUUAAAAUCUGUUUUUGGAAAAUCGAUCAAGUAUUAAGUUGAAUGUCGUGAAAACUGCUUUUCUGUUGCAAUAUCACUAGUAUAACAGGAAUGUUUCAUACACAUUCAGUGGAUUAAAAAGUACUAUUAAAGGCAGAUACAGCAUGCUAA